ACUUAUGUCUUCCCACCCAGUGCUCAGCUCUGAAAGGCAGAGGCUGCUAGCACCAUUCUUUAGACGCAUCACCACUGCCAAAUCAUGAUGAAUUAUUUAGUCUUUGCCAGGCUCUAGCAGAGUCUUGAAACCCUGCCCCGCCUCCAGCUAUCUUAGACUUCUAGCUUCUCUUGAAACCACCUUUUCCCCCCCUCUGAUCCUGAUAUUAUUUUAACUGUAAGUAGUAAAAGCUAUCAGAAAUUUAACUAUGAUCAGAAAUCCAGAGUAUACAAAUUUUGUUUGCUGUGCUGUUUGCAAUAAAAUAAUUCCACCAGCCCCUUUCGGGGAAACCUUCAAACGGAUCUAUGAAUACAAGCCAUUUAAGACACGCUUCUAUACUCACAAAGAUAUCUUGGAUAUUGGGGCAAGUAUUCUGAACCAAGAAGAGCAGUUUCAAGAGGCUGUGCUCAAGGAAAACAUUAAAAAAGCAGAAGCCAAAGUGUGGGAAAAGGCUGAAAUGCUCCAAAAACAAGCAGUGGAUCAAGCACUUGAAGAUGCAGAUGCCAGACACAAAUUUGAAAUUCGGGUUCUGGAAGAAAAACAUCAAAAAGACUUAAAGGCUGUAGAAGCUAAAACCAAGGUGGAGAUGAUUCAACAGAUGGAUGAUGAGCUGAAGAGAGAGCACACAGCCGCAGAACAGCGUAUGGUCCAUCGGAUCCAGAGGAUUAUGAUGGAGUGUCACCGGGAGAAGAUGGAGGCUGUGAAGAAAGCCAGGGAAGAAGAGAGAAAGAUUGCUGAGAAAGCUAUCGAAGACCAGAAAAGCAAGGCCCUGGAGGAGCUUAUAAACACUGGCGUAACUGCCAUUAAAGACCAGAAGGCAAGCCUGGGCCAGCUGAUCAAAGCAAAGGAACACGAGAUGAAUGUCUACUAUGGCAUGGCUCAGAAGCAGAAGCAAGAAGAAGUACAAGAAGUUCUUCAAGAGGCAGAAAAAACACACCAGGCCACCCUUGACAAUGUGAUGGGCAAACUGGUCAAUACCCAAGGGGAGCUACUGUCUGUGGCAAAGCAACUGGGAAUCAUGACAAACUGGAAAGAUUUUCUGGAGGAGGAAUUACAGGAAACCAGGGCCGCAUUUCAGAAGUAUAUCAAUUACACCUUCCCCAGGCUCUCCCCAGGACAUGCCGACUUCAUCAUGCCGGAAAGAAAGAAAACGCCUUCCAAUCUUGCUAAUAAUAAAAACGAACCGAGUACUGAUUAGAGGUCAUUGGCUGAAAUGUCACCACAAAAGACAGUGUUCCAAAACUAAAUAAAUGUACUCAAAACCA